AUGAUUCCUUUACCCAAUUAUGAAAUAAAAAGAGUUAUAGGUUCAGGUUCUUUUGGAUAUGUAUUUGAAGCAUAUGAUAACAACAACCAAAGGACUGUUGCUCUAAAGCGUAUUUAGAAAGUUGGCAAAAAGCUAAGUAGAGAAUACGAAAUUCUUUUAGACAUUAAGGACUGCGAUUAUGUAGUGAAAAUGAUUGAUUUGUAUUAUUCUAAAACAGAUGAUAAUAAGCUAAUCCAAAAUAUUGUUUUUGAAUAUAUGGAAAAUAAUUUGGAAGAUCACAUUUCUAAAUUCAAUAAAAGCAAAAAAGUAAUACCAGAGCAGACUGUAAAAGAAUAUGCCUACCAAAUACUUAAAGGUCUGUAAUAUAUUCACUCAAAAGGCAUUGCUCAUCGUGACUUAAAACCAGAUAAUAUACUUUUGAAUGAUGACGGCAAAGUGAAAAUAUGCGAUUUUGGUGGUUCUAAGUAUAUAGAUGAAAAAGGAAAAAAUACUCCCUAUAUAGUUUCUCGUUAUUAUAGAGCUCCUGAAUUGAUUCUUUGUAUAACAAAAUAUAAUUAGAAAAUUGAUAUGUGGUCUUUUGGGUGCAUUUUAGGAGAACUUGUCACUACAUUCCCUUUGUUCCAAGGUAAAACUGAAGGAGAUUAGCUUUUCUCUAUAUUCAAGGUUCUAGGAUCUCCCACUAAGGAAGAAUUUUAAAAAUUCUCUGAAAGAGUACCAUUUGAUAAGAAAAUAUUUGAUGAAUUUUAGACAUACGAACCUUAAAAUCUUAGAAAAAUGUUCUUUUACAUAAAGGAUAUUGACAACUUAAUGGAUUUAAUAACUAAGUGUUUACAAUAUCUUCCCGAAAAUAGAAUAACUGCUGACGAAGCAUUAUAACAUCCUUUUUUUAAGGGUCUUGAAGAAAAGUAUCCAUGA